UAGAAAAUUUAUAAAUGUAAAUUAAAGUGUUGCUAUUUUUUUUUGUAUUAUAAUUGAGUAAUUAAAUAUAAGAACGUAUCAAAUUAAAUUUUUAUAUAGUUAAGUCAAUCAAUUAUUGUUUCAAAAUGUUGUUUGUUUCACGUUGCACAAGAUUGUGUCAAAACAUAAUACCAAAACACAAGAAUUGUGCAUUAACCAGAGUACCUAGUCGAAAUGGAUAUAUUGUGUUAUUGCCAGAAAUCAGUAAAGAUUUGACAGAAAGCCUUUUACAAGUAAAUGCUGACCAUCCAAAUUUUACGGGUUUAGAUAUAAAAAAAUGUGAAAACACAAUUAGUAAUCAGUUUAUUGAUUUUGAAUGUGGUAUACGUGAUAUUGAAGAUUACCUUAACUCGGUUGAAGAUGGAAAAUACGACUUAUUUAAAGAUGUAUUAGAACCAAUAGAAAAUCUAAGUCUUAAAUUUGAUCAAAUAUGGGCUGUAUUAAAAACAUUAUAUUUGGCUGAUAUGUCAGUAAUGCCAGCUAGAAUAUAUUAUCCAAUACACAAUAAAGCGUGCAUGUCUCAUACAACAAAAUACAACAGCAAACCUAUUUAUGAAGCAUGUAAAAAAGCUGAUUUGUCUAAAUUGACAGAAGAACAAGUAGCAGUUGUGAAUAAAUUUAUUAAAGAAGGAAAACUCAAUGGACUUGAACUUAGUGAAAAACUAGAUUAUUCAUUUAAAGCAAAUAAGCAAAAAUGCAGUGCUAAGCAAAAAUACUUUAAAAUUCGUUUAGAAAUGGCAUGGAGUCAAUUUCAACAAAUAAUUGAUAAUCCACAACUAGUCAAGGAUUUUCCAGAAGACCUUUUGAUAUUAAUGGCAAUAAAUAAAGAUAAUCCUAAGAAACGUCCGUGGAAAGUUGCCUUGACAUGGGGUAUUGCUGAUAGAUUUAUUAAGUAUUGUCCAGACAGAGAUAUACGUUGGAAUGUUUGGCAAGCUUAUGAAAAAGCUGGUUCACCUGCUGACGAAAAAAGAGAACUUAAUAAUGGUUUAGAAGUUGAAGAAAUCCGAAAAUUAAGACUUGAAGCUGCUGAAAAAUUGGGUUUCAAAAAUUACGGUGAACUAUCGUUGAUUACAAAAAUGGCACCUUCAAUUUCAGUUAUAGAAGAUACAUUAUUGACAAUAUUGGAUAAAGCAAGACCCUUACAAGAUAAAGAAAUAGAAUCAUUACAACUUUUUUCAAAUAAAAAGGGUAAUGAAUACCCUAUUCAAAUGUGGGAUGUUGGUUACUGGGCAAGAUUACAAAAAAAAGAACUUUAUGGUUACGAUGAAGUUCAAUGGUCUGAGUAUUUCCCAUUAGACCGAGUUUUAGAUGGUCUGUUUGAAUUAUGUAGACGACUUUAUGGAAUACGCAUUCUAGAAAUGCCAAACAGAGCUGACCUCUGGCAUCCUGAUGUAAAAUAUUAUGAAAUAUUACAUGAAAAUGACCCUUCUAUCGUAGCUGGAUUUUAUUUAGACCUUUGUUCUCGGCCACAAAAAAUGAAAGCUGUCGGUGAACCUGGUUGGUUAGUAACUCAUAGGACUGCUUCAUCGAUACCAAAAAAAGUAUUACCUUUAUCAGCUCUAAUUAUGAACCUUCCAUCAGUACAGAAUAAAAACCCAAGUUUAUUGAGUUUUGAUCAAGUGAAAACCUUAUUUGGAAAAUUUGGUCAUUUACUGCAAAAUGUUCUCUGUCAAGUACAUUAUGCUGAAGUAUCUGGUUUAAAUAAUGUUGAAUGGGAUGCUGUCGGAAUAACCAGUAAUUUUAUGAUUCAUUGGUUGUAUGAUAAAGAUACAUUUGACAGUAUUAAUAGCCACUACAAAACUGGUAAAAGAUUACCAAAUGAUCAAUUGACUGAAAUCAAACAACACAUGGCUGGAUUCAAUACUUGUGAUGAACUAUAUAAAUCUAUGAUUGACAUUAAAAUGCAUACUAUCAAAACCAAUUGGAAUGACCUGGUGAAAGAAAUGUGGAGUAAUUAUUAUGGAUUUCCAUUAAGUAAAUGGAACAGUUUUCCAUGUAGGUUUGCUGAGGUUAUGUCUAAUGAACAAGGAGCGGCAAGUUACUACUCAGGAUUAUGGUCUAGAAUAAUAGCAGCUGAUGUAUUUCAAUCAUUUAAAGUUCCUGAUGAAACUACUAAAAAUUUAGGAAACAAUUUUCGAGAUACCUUUUUUGCAUUUGGUGGCAGCUGUCCAUCUGGAGAAAUAUUCAGACGUUUCAAAGGACGGGACCCUAAUCCUAAAGCAUUUAUUAGUGAUCUUGGACUCGAUAAAGAUGAUAGUAAUUAAAUUAUAGUUUAGUUAUGUUUUAUGUGUUAUUAUGUUAACACAUCCAAAAUAAGGAUAUUGGUUAUGUUUCAAUAUGUAUGAAAUAUUUUCAAUCUAAUAUACAAUAAAAAGUAUGACAUUAAA